AGGUUGUAAUCAGCAUUCGGUAAACAUCAGUGAAACGAAAUGUUGAGAUCGGGACGGAGGAAUUUUCUGUACGCUUGUGUGCUCACAGCGAACAUACUCGCCUUUACUAUCGGAAUGACGCUGACCUGGACGUCACCCGUUCUUCCGAAACUCGAGAAACUGGAUCCCGAUAAUCCAUUCGAUGAGCCCAUCUCCAGCACGGAAUCUUCGUGGAUCGGAUCUUUGUUGGCUCUGGGCGCUGGAUUCGGACCGUUCUUAGCCGCUGCCUGCUCGGAUAGACUUGGAAGGAAGAUAACUCUUCUGCUGCUCUCGCUACCUGUGAUCUUCUCCUACCUGUGUUUGGCUUUCACGAAGGAAAUUAUCCUGUAUUAUGUUGCCAGAGCGGUUGGAGGGUUGUCGCUGGGUGGGACUUUCGCUAUAUUGCCUGGAUACAUAGCUGAAGUAAGCGAGGAUGAUAUUCGCGGCGUUCUUGGAUCAUCGAUGAACGUGUUCGUGGUCACCGGAGUGCUGGCGUCUUACUGCAUUGGACCUUACUUGAGCAUUACGUUGUUCAGCGUGAUUAGCGCUGUGUUUCCAAUUGCAUUUGCAAUCUUAUUUUUUAUUUUCAUGCCGGAAACGCCGCAGUUCUAUUUGCUGAAAGGGCGGAAGGAUGACGCGAGGAAGUCUCUGAUUAAAUUGAGACGCAUGGAUGAUGUGGAGGAAGAGUUGAAGACCAUGGAAGCGUUCUUGGAGGAGAACAAAAGUGGCGAUUUAAGAGACGUGUUUACCAUCAGAAGCAAUGUGAAGGCGUUGAUGAUCUCCGUGUGUUUGGCUGCGUUUCAGCAGUUGUCCGGCAUCAACAUAAUUCAAUUCUACGCGCAGAAUAUUUUCGAGACUGCCGGAAUCAAAGAACUUCCCGACGAGAUACCUCCAAUAAUUUUGGGUUUCUGUCAGUUCGCGGCCGGUUUUAUAACGCCUGUGAUCAUCGAUAGGUUCGGGCGUCGCAUCCUUCUGCUGACAUCGGCGAUUGGAAUGGCCGUGUCGCAAUUACCGCUCGGAUUCUACUUCUAUUACCUCAAAGAAGGUAAAGAUCUGGAGUCGGUUUCUUGGUUGCCGGUGUUGCUGUUGGUGCUGUACAUGCUUACGUACGGCUUCGGUUUCGGCCCUUUGCCCUGGUCCAUAAUGGGCGAAAUAUUCCCUUCGAACGUGAAGGCUCCGGCAUCCUCUCUGACCGCCUCCAUCUGCUGGCUCGUCUGCUUCUUCCUCACGAAGUUCUUCACGAACGCAAGCUUAUCCAUCGGAAUGGGUCCGACCUUCUGGAUCUUCAGCGCGUUCAACGUCGUUGCGCUUGCGUUCACCUAUUUCCUAGUCCCGGAAACGAAGGGCAGGAGCAUUGAGGAGAUACAAGCGGUGCUGUCUAAAUAGGGCCCCAUUCAAUUUGUCAAAGCGCGCAUAUAAACUUUUUCAUUAGGCAAAUAGAGGGCCCCCUCUACUCUACGGACCCACGGCCUGCCUGCCGAUUAUGUAAUUGCGGGUAGGACGUGCACGUGGCUGGGAUCAUCGCGGAUCAUCGUGUGGGGAUGCGGCGGCAGGUUAAUAUUUUGAGUAAACUCGGUUCGUGUCCAUUGUUACGAAGGGCGGGUCCCUUUCAUCCCGACGUUCACCGCUAUCACUUUGUGAACAUCUUUCUCGCUCUCUCAUCUCGACCAGCGCCAAGUGAAUGUGAAUCACGGGAAUCAUCAUCAUCGGCCACCUUAUUGAAACAUUGAAACCCGAUAAGCUUGUACGCGAUUUUAAUCGAAUAUUUGUAUUUCGCAUUUGCCAAUGAAAACGCACUUCAUCCGAGCUCUGUGGGAUACACAGAUAGACAAUGCUCUCUCUUCCUUUUCAACUUACCAACAAUUUGUAAUCUUAUUUUUUAAUCUUAAACUAAUAAAAUUUAUAAAAUAUUUUGAUUAUUUUUUA